AUGUUUGGCGCACCAAGCCUUCUCAUAGUCGGCAGUCGUCGUUCAGUAUCCGCUAGCCACGUUUUUCGAGAUCGUCGUCAGCAUGGAACAGUUACUUUUGACGAUAAUAUUUCGGAUGAGUUAUACGAUGAACAAGAAACCGACAGUUAUUUACCAUUGAAUAUGGAUAUUAUCUUUGAAGAUAAUGAUCUCGACGUAAUUGAAUUAGCACAACAGCUAAACACGAAUCUACACACAACUGACUGGCCUCUAUUCACUGGGAAGCAAGAUCUUCCGGACGUCGUAAGAUCAAUACUUCAGUCUAUCGGCCUCAUCGAAAUAUGUUUAACAAAACUGCUAUCCACAGAAUCGAAUCGUCGCAGUUAUUUUGAACCAAUUGUUACAGAUCUGAAUACACUUCAAACAUCGGGAAUAAAUGUUGGUACAUUUGAUGGUCGAGUAUAUUUUUCGUUCACAGUGUUAGCAGCUGACCAUUUAGCAUCGAACGAAGUUGGUGGAUUUCAACGUAACUUUAGUUCAGGAUAUUUCUGCCGUCUGUGUUACAUUUCAGCAAGCCAUCAGCAGAAACUAGAACAACUUAUGCAAUCAAAAGAUAAACCAAUACUAUCUGGUGUUACAGGCGAAAGUUUUCUGGCUAAAUUAGUUGGAUUUCAUCCUGUAAACAGUUUACCGUUUGACCUGAUGCAUGACUUUGCGGAAGUUCAACGUUUACUGAAUGAAAAUAGUAUUGGUGAACUAAUCUAUAUCGAAUGCAAAACAAUAAGCCAUGAUCAUGUUAAAAUCGUAAAAGAAUCAGCCUUCGUAUUAAAGUUGGUGCAUGAAGAGGAAAUUCCAUGUUUUGUUUAUAUUCGACAAAUAUUAAAAGUUAAAGAUACAUGGAAAUUACUUGUCGAGCACUUAAAUACGGCGUCUUUCAACGAAAAGCUUUGGAGCUAUGCAAUCGACUAUCUCGACGAAGAAGUUAAUGGGGAAAUGUUAUCCCGAUUACCGUUCGAAGAAAUAAGAAUAAUUUUCCCAAAAUUAAAAGAUCGAAUGAAAUUCACCGAGGAGCGAGACAAACUGAUUAAGAGUAUUAACGGGUGUGAAAAUUUGGAACAAUUUAGACUAUAUUCAUUAGAACGACAGCCACAAUCGCAGUUAAAUGAUGGAAACAAUUCACUGUCAUCUGCUGGUGCUAUCUUUGACGAUGAACCGAUUCCUGUAGACAACGAAGUUACAAACCUACAACAAAUUACUACAACAAUGCUGAACGAUAAUAAUCUACUUAAUAAAUAUGAGCAAGAAGAUGAAGCAAGAAUAACAGAAAAACAAAUACCAAACGAUUAUGAAUUGCCAGUUGAAAUACAACUGCUUGUGGACGAAAAAGAUUUAACACGACUAAAUGGCCAUACAAAUCAUUGUCGAGUAUUACUUGAUUUUGUUUUUGAAGAUGUCAAAAAAACCCAUGGUUUGUUGUAA